AUGAUUCUAAAUGUAUAUCAUAUGUUGGAAAGCACUAAUAAUUUUUUAUAUAAAGAACUUCUUUGGGCGUGACAUUUUAUUGGCAAUUCUGGAAACAAAUUAACAAUGAGAAGUAAAGCAUUGCUAGCUACUAAUGGCUCUACUUUUAAUUUUCGGAUCAACUCAGCAACAAAGUAGAAUUUGGUUACGUAAGUAGUCUCUGCCUCUAAUUAAUAUAAUAAUACGCUCGUCUCUAAUUAAAAUAUGAUUUUCAUUUUCAAUUUGUUUAACCUUUAAAGUUCGAAGUACAACGCACCAAAUAUUUAUUUUUAAAUAUAUAAAAAAACAUUUUACGAGCCCCAAUCCUUGAUAGGUGUCUCUGUUGCUCUUUAUAAAUAACAUCGACCCAUCGAGACAAAACAACAUGUCAUCUUCAACUUCUUCCUCUGCUUCUGAACUAGUUAAGCGAAUCAAAACACUUGAGAGGUGAUGGAGAAAGUGAGAGAAAUAGUGAGAGAAGGGAGGAGAGUAGGAAAAGAAGACCCAAGAAGAGUAGUUCAUGCUUUCAAAGUGGGACUUGCUCUUGCUUUGGUCUCUUCCUUCUACUAUUACCAACCUCUCUAUGAUAACUUUGGUGUCAAUGCAAUGUGGGCUGUCAUGACCGUUGUUGUCGUCUUUGAAUUCUCAGUAGGUGCCACACUUGGGAAAGGAAUAAACAGGGCAGUGGCAACAUUAGUAGCCGGAGGACUAGGAAUUGGAGCUCAUCACCUAGCAAGUUUAUCUAGAACAAAGAGCGAGGACUAAUGCAUGGUAAUAUAUAUAUGUGCAGCUGCGUUGUCGACGUUCGUGAGGUUCUUCCCGCGGGUGAAGGCCAGAUACGAUUAUGGCAUACUGAUAUUCAUAUUGACGUUCUCACUGAUAUCAGUGUCGGGGUUUAGAGAGGAUGAGAUAUUGGACUUGGCCCAUAAGAGACUAUCGACAGUGAUAAUGGGAGGAGUCAGUUGCGUCCUAAUCUCUAUCUUUGUCUGUCCUGUCUGGGCUGGACAAGACCUUCAUUCUCUUAUUGCCUCCAAUCUUGACACACUCUCCCACUUCCUUCAAGAAUUUAGAGAGGAAUAUUUUGAAGCGACAGAUGAUGGCGAUAUCAAAGAGGUGGAGAAGAGGAGAAAGAAUCUUGAAAGAUAUAAAAGUGUUCUCAACUCAAAAAGCAAUGAGGAAGCUUUGGCUAAUUUCGCAAGAUGGGAACCGCGUCACGGCCAGUUUAGAUUUAGACAUCCAUGGCAACAAUAUCUUGCCGUGGCUGCAUUACUCAGGCAGUGCGCUUACCGGAUUGAUGCCUUGAACUCAUAUCUCAACUCUGAUUUUCAGAUCCCAAUGGACAUAAAGAAGAAGCUAGAAGAACCAUUAAGAAGAAUGAGCUCGGAGGCAGGCAAAUCAUUGAAAGAAAUGUCCAUCUCACUAAAGAAAAUGACAAAAUCAUCUUCUUCUGAUAUCCAUGUCCUAAACUCACAAUCUGCCUGCAAAGAUCUUUCUACUUUACUCAAAUCAGGCAUCUUGAACGAUGUUGAGCCACUACAAUUGAUCUCAUUGACUACCACGGUCUCUCUUCUCAUCGAUAUUGUUAAUUUAACCGAAAAGAUAUCAGAAUCAGUACAUGAGCUCGCAUCAGCUGCAAGGUUUAAGAACAAAAUGAAGCCGACGGCAUCAUUGAAGAAGUCGGAUUCUGUAAGCAUUGGUCGUGCUGCAGUUCCAAUCAAGUCUCACGAUAGUGACGAUCAUGUUGUCACAAUCUUAUGUGAUGCUGAUGUAUCAAACACUGUUGACCAGUCGCGUGGAGAGACUUCAGUGGACUCUUGCCACCAUGUCGCCAUAAAAAUUGACGAUGAUGAUUUAGUCCAUGAAAAACAUGAAGUUGGUGAAAUACAUGCACAUACGAGUUGUGUUUCAUGUGAUCCAAGUGAUGCCAGUGAUGUUUUAGAUAGUAGUAAUAAGAGAAUUAACAGUAGUAAUUAACUAUUUAUUAUAGGAUUUAGGGGUGGCUGGGAUGGGACUAAUGGUGAAUAUUAAAUAAAGUUCUAUUGAACAAAGAUUCAUUUUAGCCUAACUCUACCAUGUAUUUUUCUCUGUUUAUCGGUUUUAUUUUCAAUAAAAUUAAAAUGUGUCACGUCAUAUCUUGAUACAUCUCGAUGUUAAAUAAGUGUACUCUAUAUAUAUAUAUAUAUUGAAUCCAAAAUAAUACCCAAAAAAAUCUCUGUUUUUAUCAUAAACUAGUAUAUAUCCGUCAUUCUUUUUUGGUUCAAUAUGUAUUUCCGUCAUUCAAUUUUCCGAAACAACGAAGUUAAGCAUUCAUGUUUUAUUUUCAAUAACACAUAGUUAUUGUUAUGUCACUCGGGGGAUCAAGUUCUUCAUUAAAAACUAUGAUAUUUAACAAAUAAUAAAAUUAGGGACAAUGAUCAUAGAUUAGUUCAUAAUUUAUUUAAGUUGAAAAAUAAAAAGUGUGCAGUCAAGUAAUUAGAAAAGUGUUAUACACAUGUUGCACUUAGAUGACAGAUACGAAUAUCCGUAGAGAAAAAGGUAGAAUCCUUCUUAUAUAGAAUCAAACAAACAAAAAAUAAUAAUAAUGUUAUAUGCGUUAUGUCUUCGAAAGUUCUAAUAAAACAAAGAGAUAUUUUUGUCUAGGAGAAAUUGAUCGAUGAGUGUUAUUGCGAUAUGUCAUUAUUAAACCCUACGAAAAUGUUUAAAGGAGGCAUGUUCUCGUAAACUCACGGGCUCGUGCUCCUUUGUCUAUUGCCCUUUUUAUUAUUUUCAACUGCUUUUUCAAACAUCUCGAACAAAAUGGCGGGCAAGUUAAAGUGGAGGGUAAGUUAACCAGCAUUAGGUAUUUGUCUCCAUUAAUAAACUUCAAUAUUUUUUUUAAUAUUUUGUACGAAGAUCCGUUAUCCAUUCGUUGAAAAAAUGCUUUCAACUGGAAAAAAAUUGUAAUUACUGUACUUAUUAUAUUUCAUAGUUUAUACAUAAAUUCAAAAAAAAAAAAAAACAGAGUCUACUUUUUUGUGUUAGUGUUGUUAUUGUACAUAUUGCAUAUUCAUAUUGCUAACAAAAUAAAUAAACUUUGGAAAAAGGUCUCAACAUCAUGGUAAAAAAAUUAUUUUACUGAAACUGGUUUAAAACAUAUUUAUCACAAAAUAAAUAUGAUCAAUAAAAAUAAUAA